CACUUACAAAAGCUCAAAAUCUCUCUGCUGAGUUCAUUAAGGAUGGCUAUGAGUAUAGAGAUGCCAUGAAUUGCACACGGGGAAACUUUUCUUGCCCUGACACUUUACUUGAUGUUCAGUGAUGAUCAAGUGAUGAUCACUUGAUGUAAUCAGGCAACACCAAGAAGACACUUUUGGGGCCAAAAACUGACUGCAAAGUUAUGAGAGCAUCAACCUCCCGGUUAAGUUUUUCCUCAAGGGACCCUUUAUGGAACCGGAUGCCGGAUCAAAUAUCGGUGUCCGAGUUUCUCUCGGAGACGACGGAGGACUACAACUCCCCCACGACGUCCAGCUUCACGACCCGCCUCCAGAGCUGCAGGAACAGCGUCAGUGUGCUAGAGGAGGCUUUGGAUCAGGACAGGACUUCACUGCAGAAAGUUAAGAAGUCUGUCAAAGCCAUCUACAGUUCUGGCCAAGAACAUCUUCAAAAUGAGGAGAUGUAUGCUCAGGCACUGGACAAGUUUGGCAGUAACUUCAUGAGCCGAGACAACCAAGACCUGGGAACGGCCUUUGUAAAGUUCUCCACUCUGACAAAGGAGCUCUCAUCCCUGCUCAAAAACCUGCUCCAGAACCUGAAUCAUAAUGUGAUCUUCACACUGGACUCUCUGCUGAAAGGAGACCUAAAAGGCGUAAAGGGGGACCUGAAAAAACCAUUUGACAAAGCCUGGAAGGACUAUGAAACAAAGUUUACAAAGAUAGAAAAGGAAAAACGAGAGCAUGCCAAGCAACAUGGGAUGAUUCGAACAGAGAUUACGGGUGCUGAAAUUGCAGAAGAAAUGGAGAAGGAGAGACGGCUUUUCCAGCUUCAGAUGUGUGAGUACCUGAUCAAGGUGAAUGAGAUUAAGACCAAAAAGGGUGUGGACCUUCUCCAGAACCUGAUAAAGUAUUACCAUGCACAGUGCAAUUUUUUCCAGGAUGGCUUGAAGACAGCUGAUAAGCUCAAGCAGUACAUUGAGAAGCUAGCUGCUGAUCUUUACAAUAUAAAGCAAACUCAGGAUGAGGAAAAAAAGCAGCUCACAGCAUUGAGGGAUCUCAUCAAGUCCUCCUUGCAGUUAGAGCAGAAGGAGGACUCUCAGAGCAAGCAGGGAGGUUACAGCAUGCACCAACUGCAGGGUAACAAAGAAUUUGGCAGUGAGAAGAGAGGAUAUCUGCUGAAGAAGAGUGAUGGGCUGCGAAAGGUAUGGCAAAGAAGGAAGUGCUCAGUGAAAGGAGGAAUUCUCACUAUUUCUCAUGCCACGUCCAACAGGCAACCAGUCAAACUGAACCUGCUCACAUGUCAGGUCAAGCCAAGCACUGAAGACCGCAAGUGUUUUGAUCUCAUUUCUCAUAAUCGAACAUAUCACUUUCAGGCUGAAGACGAACAGGAGUUUGUAAUCUGGAUUUCAGUGCUAACUAAUAGUAAAGAAGAGGCACUGAACAUGGCAUUCCGAGGAGAGCAGACAGCAGGAGAAGAUGGUCUGGAGGAUCUGACUAAAGCCAUCAUUGAGGAUGUUCUGCGCAUCCCUGGCAAUGAAGUUUGCUGUGACUGUGGGGCUGCAGAUCCAAAAUGGUUGUCAACUAACCUUGGCAUCUUGACAUGUAUCGAGUGUUCAGGCAUUCACAGGGAGAUGGGAGUACACAUAUCUCGCAUUCAGUCAAUGGAACUGGACAAAUUGGGAACCUCAGAACUCUUGCUGGCCAAGAAUGUUGGGAACAGUAAUUUUAAUGAGAUUAUGGAAGGAAAUCUUCCCUGUCUCUCUCCAAAGCCUAGUCCAUCUAGUGAUAUGACAAUUCGCAAGGAGUUUAUAAAUGCCAAAUAUGUGGAUCAUAAAUUUGCAAGGAAGAUGUGCAGCUCUGCAGUGGUGAAGCUGAGCGAUCUGUAUGAUGCAGUCAGAUCACGUGACCUGCUUGCUCUCAUCCAAGUAUAUGCUGAAGGGGUGGAACUUACAGAGCCGCUUCCCGACGGAGGACAGGAGGGUGGAGAGACAGCACUGCACUACGCCGUGAGGACUGCUGACCAUUCAUCACUGCACCUGGUCGACUUUUUGGUUCAGAACAGUGGAAAUCUGGAUAAACAGACUGAAAGAGGAAACACAGCCCUGCACUACUGCUGCAUCUACGAAAGACAUGAAUGCCUCAAAUUACUCCUGAGAGGCAAACCUGCUACAGACAUCACCAAUCACAAUGGAGAAACGGCACUGGAUAUUGCCAGGCAGAUGAGGAUCGACCAGUCUGCAGAGGCAUUGAUGCAAGCUGCAGAAGGGAAGUUUAAUCCAAAGGUUCAUGUUGAAUAUGACUGGAAUCUUAGACUGGAGGAAAUGGAUGAGAGUGAUGAUGAUCUUGAUGACAAGCCAAGCCCGAUUAAGAAGGAUCGGAGACCACAGAGUUUCUGUCACUCAUCCAGCCUGUCUCCUCAUGAUAAGCUCUCCCUUCCUGGUUUCCCUGGCCAGCGUGACAAACCACGCCUCUCCUAUGGCAUGUUCACCAAUCAGGUGUACAGCAUUUCCACCGACUGUCCCUCCUCUCCUGUGAGUGAUGCACCACCUCUGCCACCUAGGAAUGCAGGAAAAGCUCCUACUCUGGCAUUCCUUGGUUCUCAUUCACACUAUGCUACUGUGACUAGCACUCGGCCAUACAUCACCCUGCCAUCGUCGUCAUCCUCCCCUCUCUCCCCUGGCUCCCAGAUCCUUGCUAACAGCAGCUCCACACUAUCCAAGAAGAGACCCCCACCCCCUCCCCCUGGCCACAAACGCACACUGUCAGACCCCCCUACCCCAAUCUCACACUCAUCUGUGUGUAAAGGAAGUGACUCUACACCUCCUCCAGUCAAUAAAAUGUCACCCAUAACAAACCGAUUUGAAGGCAUACAACAACAGAGCACAGCGUCGAGUACCACUAAAGCUACACUUGGCCCAAGGGUCCUUCCUACACUACCUCAGAAGUUUGUCCUGCGAAAAACAGAAACAAUUCACCAUCCAUCAGUGGACAAACCCAGCCAGCCUCCAGAGCCAUUGCUGUUCCAGAAGUCUCCUCCAGGGUCAGACACACCACAGAAAGUCCCUUUACCUGAUAAACCCCAGCCAGGGGACCUCCAUCCUAAACCUCAGACUUCAGAAUUACCACCUAAACCUGGAGAACUUCCCCCAAAACCUCAGCCAUUUGACCUGCCCCCCAAACCACAGCUGGGAGACCUACCACCCAAACCUCAACUCAAAGACCUUCCACCCAAACCACUACUUUCUGACCUCCCAAAUCCCAAACAAAUACUCACUGAACCUGCACACAAGCCUUCUGGAGAGGUGGUUCACAAACCUGAGCCCUAUGAAAUGGCAGUGACUAACCAACAAGCUGAACCAUUACCUGAGCUUACUCACUCCCCCGAAGACACCAAUGGGAGCCUGGCGUCUGGCCCAGAAACUCCAGUACCGCUUCCGAGGAAAAUCAGUACAGGUAAGAUUAAACUGCGGCGAGUGAAGACCAUAUAUGACUGUCAGGCAGAUAAUGAUGAUGAGCUCACAUUUGUAGAAGGCGAAGUUAUUGUGGUAACCGGCGAGGAGGAUCAAGAGUGGUGGAUUGGACAUAUAGAAGGACAGCCAGAGAGAAAAGGUGUUUUCCCCAUGUCCUUUGUCCAUAUCCUGUCUGACUGACACACAGCCUUCCCACUUUGCUCUUCUCCUAUGAAGAGGAACCUGUAAAUAGCUGUUGGAACCUCCACAGGACUUUUAAAACAAGAAAAUGAGCACCACAUAAACUGAAACCUCUUAUUAACUCCCUCCCCAACACAGAGGUGCAGUGUGAAUGAGUAUCUAGCUUCACCAGUGUUUCCAUUCCUGUUCAGCACAGCUGAAACUGCACCCAGCAUUUAGCCACAUCCUUCACUUCAGCUGUUUCUCAGUGCUUUUGUAUAUAACUGUACAUAAUGAUGUUGGCUGCACACAAAUAUACACAGGAGUUAGUGUUGUGUGUAAAUAUGCAAACCUGUUAGUGUGGCAAGAAGGUAAGAUGUGUAUACCUGUAUUCUGCCUGGCAGCUGUCCAGGGCCAGUACUGUACAGAUAGUGAUGUGUAAAGUAUUAAUGCAAAUUGAUCAUUGAUGGUAUUGAAUCAGAAAUGGCACACACAAUGAUGGGGGUGGGGUGUAGUGACCAUUGACAAUGUUUAUGCUUGCUUGUUUUUACCUCUACACUUGUUAACAUACCACUAUAGCUCUCCAGGGAUAAAAUCACAUUAGGAGUUCAGAUUAUUCCAUCUUGUUUUGCUUGUGAGACAGGAACCUGUUAGAUGCAUACACAUAUUGAAAUUAAAUCUCAUCAGGCCUUGUUUUAUGCAUCAACAGCCAAAGCCAGUAAUCUGGACUUUACCCUUCUUCUAUAAAGGCUCUUUUGCCCUUAGUCCACCCCCCCCCCCCAAAAAAAAAAAAAAACCCAAUGCCCUUCUGUCCCAUAAUCAGCUCACCCCAGCAAAACAGUGACCUUGUUAAGGCGACUAAUACUUAAAAGUAUUCUGUGUACACAAACCUUUUGGUUUACUUCACAGUAGUGUGGUUCUGAAGAAUUAUAAAACCUUUGGCAUUGGCCAUAAAUCAGGAAUCACAGUUGAUAAUUGGGUAUGACCUUGAUCUUGAGCAAUCUGCCACCAGGUCAGACUGUUAGCAAGGUACUCGGGUUAUUUCAAAUGAAAAACACCUAGAGCAAAACUACUUGCCCCUCAAAUCCAAUGACCAGUGAUUAAUGUUAAUGUAAUCUGUUUAAAAGACUAAAUAAAACUAAGCCUUCCAACUGAAAAGUAGUACAUGCUGCAGGCAUGUCAUCACUUUACCAGAAGAUUGCAUUAUUCUUUGCUAUAGGUCAUGCAUCUACAAGGGGGAUGUGGUAGGAGGGUGAGCAGCUCCAGAAUAACUCACCCUGAUCAACCAUAAAUGCUUUACAUUUAACACAAACCACUCAAGCACACAAAUGCACAAAAUCAAAUUUAUUUUGCAGUCUAGCAACAAUUCUUUUGUACAGUUACUUCGUUAUUCACAGCAUAAAUCUACCUUGGCCUUCUAAACUAAAAGCAGCAGUUUAACUGCAAGUCAACAUAAUUUGUGGAACAAUAAAAUGCAAACUUAAAUUCAACCUCUUAAGGUUUACAUACCAGACUGCUGGUAAACAAAGGAAUAAUAAAAGGUCUAAAUGAUCAACUCAUUUUAAUACUUGAA